CAGGAGAGUUCACUGACACUGUGAUAAGCUCUCUGUUUAAUGGGAUAAGAGCAACGUAAUCCACAGGACAUCGGAUAGCACAACAGUUUUCCACACUGCCAAAGGAGGUCUCCAAAAACCUCUGAUCUCUCAGGUCAGAGUGCGCUGUCCCACUAAAUGGAUCCUGCCAUAGAUGACCCAGACAGAUUCAGCCCCCUGGAUGAUCCAGAGGCCUGGUCUGGCUCUGAUGACCCUGAGGGUCCUUAUUGCUCCCAAGAUGAGGCUUACUAUGGGGAGACAGAGAGUGAUCUGGAGCCACAAAAUGAGCAGAAGUCAUCGCACGCUCUGGAUCAUCUCCUUGAUCCUAAGCCUGAGAACCCUGAGUCCUUCUCUGACUACUCCCAGGAGGAUGAUGCCCCGGGUUUGCUUUGCCAAAGUCCAGAUCCCUGCCCUCAUACUCUGUCUGAGGCACAAAACGACAACCCUCCAGAAGAUCAGGACCCAAAAAAACUUGAAAGUAGCCCAUUCUCCAUGUCAAACUGUAGUGCCCACAAGCAAGAAGACCACCAGCCUUCUGCUUCAGGGUCUUCCUCCCCUGACCAAACUAUAACCCUACCACAACACAGGAAGCAGUUGGCUCAGGAAAGUUUGGAUUCCCUGGAGUCAGAAGAGGAGGAAAAGCAGAGUAGAGGAGGAGGAGGAAAAGGAGGAGGGAUAGAGGCAGCACCUCCUGCGUCGUAUGUCACUGAUGGAAUUCAAGCCCACGGUGCUGAGCAGGCAGAGCAGUGGGGCGCUGCUUCCCUCACUGAAACCACCAAAGCUAGCAGACAGCGGGCAAGACACGGAUGCCUAAGACGGAGUGAGGGGCAGUCCGAGAAGCAUCUGAAAGAGGCUAAAUCUAAAUGUAAACGCAUCGCCCAGCUCUUGACUGCUGCUCCAAACCCUGAAAGUAAGGGUGUGUUGAUGUUCAAGAAGCGCCGGCAGAGGGCCAGAAAAUUCACGCUAGUGAGCUACGGUACACGAAAGCCAGAAGACGACAGUUUUGAAGACGAGUACGGGUUCGAAGACGACAACGUAGGCAAAGACUUCAGAUUUUCCCUUCCAGCAACAAGUGAAUCUGAAUUUGACGAAGAUUUUAGUUUUAAUGUUCAGGGCCAAGGUGCUGCUUUGAACUUAUAUUACAACUACGAACCACAAGAAGAGAGAAUAUCAACAAAUUAUAACUGGGAAAAGAUGGAGCAACUUCCACAGACAAAAGGCAAAGGAGUCUUGAUGUUUGCCCAGCGGCGUCAAAGGAUUGAUGAAAUUACUGCACAGCAUGAGGAGAUGAGGCAAAAGGGCAUACCAGUGGAAGCAUUUGUGGAGUCCGAGACUGUUGCACCUUCCAUGCCUGCCCUUCGAGAGGAAAAUGCUCCAGUCCAUCAGGAUGUUCAGGUCAAGCAGCAACCACAGUAUCAGGAACAACAAUAUCAGCAAGAGAUGUAUCAGCAGCCAAACACUGGUGUAAAUGGUCUUGAUCCCUACCAGGUUUCUUCCAUGUCCAAAUCCCUUGUGUCCAACAGAACCGCCAAGCCAUUCGGUGGUCUAAAUCAAGCCCCAACACCCUAUUCACCUGUUAAAGGUGUCCCGAGCCCAACACCAAAGAAACCUGAACACAUCUUCAAAGUUCCCGUUCCAGUGAACACAAGCCCUCAGGUGUGGUCACCCACAGGUGAUAUCAUUGCCUCUCGUGAUGAACGUAUUGCAGUACCAGCUAUCAAGUCUGGAAUUCUGCCAGAGACAAAAAGAAGAGGGAUGAAUAAAGCAGAUUCCAGACAUGUUCCUCCAGAGGAAGACUAUCUCAGUCUUGGUGCGGAGGCCUGCAAUUUCAUGCAACCUCCAACAGUCAGGCAAAAACAUCCUCCACCAGUUCUUCCUAAGCCUGCCAUCAACCCAGCUUGCCCACCAUGGUCUGCAGAGGGUCAUGCUCCUCGCAGUCCUCUUCCAGCCUCAAGUCCUGUUCCUGCUCAGCAAAACUGGGCUCCACCUCAACCUCAGCCAGCUACCAAACCCUGGGCUCCAUCACCAACUCAGCCACUGCCACAGCAACAUAUGUCUGCCUGGGUACCACUCAACCCAUCAGCUUCAUAUCAGGCUACAUGGCCUUCAGAACCACAGCAGGCACCAGUGAGUAUCAAAACCCCAACUACACUUCAUGCAGCUCCUUCGCAGCCAAGGACCCCAUGGACUAAGCCACAAAAUGAUGCCAACUCUGUGGCUUCCUGCCCACCCCAACAAGGGAGCUCUUACUUCCAUGCAUCCAAGGCUCCACUAGCUUCUCCAAGGGGGCAUGCCUCAGAAAUAGGUCUUUCUGAUGGGCCAACCCUUAAGGGCAAAGGUGCCGAACUUUUUGCCAGGAGACAGUCCCGUAUGGAGAAGUUUGUGGUAGAUGCCGAGACUGUGCAGGCCAACAGAGCCAACAGACCCCCCUCACCCACACUCUCCAUGCCAAGCACCUGGAAAUAUUCUCCAAAUAUCCGGGCUCCUCCUCCAGUGUCCUACAAUCCCAUCGUAUCCCCUUUUUACCCUCUUGCAGCACAGAAGCAACCCACCUCUGUAACUAGCCCUAAACCCAAAGCAAACAAAGAGAAACCCAAACCAACACCCAAACAUCUCAGUGUUGUGGAUGUCAUGAAACAUCAGCCAUACCAGCUGGAUACCUCACUCUUCACCUACAGCUCCUCCCCAGAAGUGAAGGGUGCAAGCCCUAAAACAUCCCCUGUCCCCCCUCUAGAGUCCAAGCAAACCUUUGCCCAGACCCCUAGCCAUUUGCAACCCCCUUCUUCUGGUCGUUUUCUGUCUCCUACCCUGUCCCCUUCCCCUGUCCCAUCUUCUGGAAGUGCCCAGUCAUUUAAACAAGGUGCUCCUGCCAAACCUAGCGGACCGGUGUACAGCAGGAGCCGCUCUAUGUCUCUGCCCCGGAGACACUCCUCCGUGUCCACUCUAUCGCCCAGUGUCCAGUCCAGGCUUCCAUCCCACCCGUGGACCCCUGGACAGGCAGAUGUCCUGGGUGGAGCAACCUCAAAAGCCCCCUAGCCCCUGGGAAGCAGCAGCCCGGAGCCCCUUAGGCCUGGUGGAUGACGCCUUCGGCCCACAGAACGUCCAGCAGGCGAUAACCGCCAGCGUCCACACUGCUGCACACAGGAAGUCCCUACCAGAACCACCAUUGGAAUGGAAGCGACGGGUCUCCAAUGACCCCAUUGAACCCCCACAAGCCACAACACCCACACUUGCCGCCACGUCCCCCACCAAGGCCUUCGUUCCAGCCUCAGAGAAGCCGAUUGUUUACGGGCCGCCGUUCAGACCAGCCCAGCCUCUAACAAUCGGCAUCAGGUACACUGGGACCAGUUCUUUGCCUAGGAAUUUCUCCCUUCAUACCAGCUAUGCUCCAACGCAUAGAGUCAGCUGGAAAAUGUAGCAAAUUGUGGUUGUGAUCAUCCUCACACUUGUUUUUCACAACUCACUGAUAGUUAGAAACAGGGGUUAAAUUGGGCUGGAAUGAACUGAAGCGGCAUUCCGGCACCCUUGAGGUAACUCGGAAGGGGAAACAAUUAACCCUUUGCUAAGCCUCAUCUCCCUUGGCUACUUCUGACAAGUUUAGGCUAGUGAAAAUUUAGCAAUUUCUGAAGGAAUACUUCCAAAAUAUCAGAAAAGAGUAGAGAAAAAAGUCUCCAGUAUGCACAUGUCCUUGCUCUAAAAGGAUAAAACCUAGAUGCCUUAUCAUAUAGCAGCAUUACUGAAGGGUAGGUAGAAUCACGCUUCUAUGCAUUUAAAGGAGACUAUUUAUUAUCUAUUUUGUACACCCCAUUACAUGUUAACAUGUUAACUGCCUUCGGUGUAGCUAAGUUAGCUAGCGAACAGUGAUUGGACUAUCACCAUUCUCCAUUUGGUUCUAAACUCACUGGAAUUUUAUGCCUUGGUACCAAAUUUAAAAACGUAACUUUUAUAAAGGACUUUGUUAGCCAGCCAGACUAGCUGGUAAUCUACGCUCUUGAAAAAGAUGGUUCUGUUUAGAGCCCUGAGUUCUAUAUAGAACCAUGUCAUGCUUAAUGGCUCUCUGCAUGGUGAAACAGUUCUUCAGAU